ACUAUAGGUGAAAACACUACGUACGCCACACGCAACGCGAUCAAAUGUUUAGAACAUUGCCGUAACAUACAUUCUCCGACCACUUACGGAUCUUUCUUGAACAAGAUUUUCUCAACUUUUCAAUUUCAUUAUGACGACUGUAUGUUACCAACGUUUUGCACGCGAUAGUUGUAGGUUCAUAACCUCAUAGGAACUUCUUUUACCGGUGUGGUCAGUUACUUGGUUGAUAAUACGUGAUCAGUCUUUAUAUACCUCAGUUAACGUAUGUAUAUACAUGGUUACUCCUGGCGGACGUUUUCGAGAUAUUUUAGCUAAGUUGUCUUGAACUCGACUUUAAAUCGUGUCGGAACGCUUCUAUCAACGGUUCCGAUGACGUUAUAAUUCUCGUUCCCUAAUUAUUGCGACCACUACAAGCUGCAAGUGACUUCGGAUUCGGACUAGUGGUGAUCACAUGAUCAUCAUUCUUUAGUAGCAUCGUUGAUUUCUGGUCUGGUGCACUGUUGCAUACUCUGCCAGGUAUCUCUCUGCUCUGUGCCAAGCUUUGCAGAUUCGCGCUACAAAUUGUCUGUGAAAUGUAUCUAUGUACUUUGCGCAUGUGCAAUGGCCAAAACCCUAUAAGUCCGCUGAAAUUUCGAAAAUACAGGAACUGAAAAGUAUUUCAUUGAAUUUCUUAAGGAUACCGCAAACUGCGAACAGCUGCAACAUGUCCAAUCACAGUGGCUUCAGUCAAGGUUCAAAUAUAUCAGGAAUAUCGCUGAUGUCUCAUUCAAUGAGUACCCGCUGUCAAACAGAUUGGUCAAUGGAAUGCUCAGGGCAGAAGAAUCCAACCAUGCGAUUUCCUAUAGGAUGUACAAACACUAAGAAACGCACUCAUCAGUUGGAGGAAAUGAACAAGGCACUUGCAAAGUGCAAAGAUGUAAUUUCUGAUUAUGCUAUUAGGAAACUGAUGUAUGAAAGUGUUACAGAAGCAUCGUUCAAUAGGGAUGAAACAUUGCCACAAAGUACAGCAAAAAAAUUAAGACAGUUAAUCGCAGCCCAUGAAGUUGAAAAGUACCUGCGCUUACCCAACAAUUCCAAUGAUAUAAAUGAAAAGAUCACUUUGUUGGGAAUCACAAACUUAUCCAAAAUUCAUUUAAGCUAUGAAGAAAAACUAAGCAUUAAAAAAUCAGUUAAUUGUAACCUACACAAGAAGGCUCGGGCAUUUCUGUCAAGGUUCAAGGUGUUGGGUGGAAACUUAGAAGAAUUUAAGAAGACAGACGAAUUGAACAGGCAUCAAAAAAUAUCCGAGGUUUUUGAGAUGGAUCAGUUACAAUGGAAGCAAAAAAUUGAACAAGAAUGCGAUGUGUACGAGAAAGACAUCUUAGAAUAUAAAAAGAUUUUCAGCGAAUGGAUAAAUUUGAAAUAUAGUGAUAUGAAUGAUGUACAACUUAAAAAUGCAUCAAGUUUACUGGCUAAAGCACAAGUACUCGAACUACAGGGAAAAAUCACUAAAUUGAACUGUAGUUUGAAAAUGUUUCAAGAGACGCCAAUGACACUAGAAGCUUACCAAUUAUUGGGGUCCAGUUUAGAUAGUAAGAUUUCCGAUGUAGAAGAUGAAAUACAGAAAAAAGAAGCAAUAAAAAAACUAUAUGAAGAUCUCGGUGGUACUGAAUAUGACCAAGUUGCUCGGAGGUAUAUAGAAUUGUGCAAAGCCAUUGAAAAAAAAAAACGUAUGAUCGAGGACUUCUGAAUUGAUUAACUUAUAGUAUUACGUAUCUUGGAAGAUAGUGGUUAAUCGUUGUCUCUUUAUAAUUUUCCAUGUAAUCUACUUGUACGUUGUUAGAUAUAAUUAACUGUUUAAAAUAAAUUGCGACUGACAACUGA